UGGUGACCUAUGGAGACUUUGGUCAUAUUUGAUGUUAGAUAGUGACAUAUACGAGGUUUUUGCAGGGACCGUAAACGCAGCAUCAGACUGGUGGACGCUGGUGAAGUUUCAUCUGUCAACAAAGUUGCCUUCACGGAAAACGUUAAACGGGUGUUGUCCGGGGACAGGGAGACAAGUUGGAGGUGUAAAGCAGAGGACAGACAUGGACACCUGCGGGAGUAUGUCCGCUCUGGACAGACCCGCCGCCGAGCUCACGGUCAUGGACGUGUACGACAUAGCGGCGGUGCUGGCACACGAGUUCGAGCGGAUCAUCGACCGGUUCGGCUGCGAGUCGCUGGUUGCGCUGGUGCCCAAAGUGGUCCGGGUGCUGGAGCAGCUGGAGGCGCUGGUGAGCCGGGGGGCCGCCGGACAGGAGGCCGAGGAGCUGCGGAGGGAGCUGGAGAGACUGAGGCAGGAGAGGAGCGACAAGUCCGAGCAGGAGAGGAGGCACCAGAAGGAGCUGGAGCUGGUGGAGGACGUGUGGAGAGGUGAGGUCCAGGAACUGCUCCCUCAGAUCACUCGGCUUCAGGCGGAGAACAAGAGGCUGUUAGUUAGUCUCAAAGAGUCGCCCGUCACAGAGGAAGACCUGCACAAACAGGAGGGAAUGUCAGAAAAAGAAAGACGUGUGAGGAAGAAGCUGGAAGACUUAGUGGAGAAGCAGAGGGAUGAAAUCCGAGCGAAGGACCAUGAGCUCACACUGAGAAAUGAGGACGUUGACGCGCUCCAGAUGCAGCAGCAUCGGGUGAUAAGGAUCAACCAGGACCUUCGUCACAGGAUAGGAGUGAUGGAAGCGCAGGGCAAGGCACUAAUCCAGCAGAGGGCUGAGCUGCAGGCUGCGACCCAGGCACGGCAGCAGGAGGUCACCGCUCUGCAGCUGGAGGUCACCAGGCUGAGUAAGGAGCUCCGAGACAUGGAGCUGGAGAGAGAGAUCUCUGAGGUUGAAGGGUGCUCUCUUACAAAAUCUGGAAGGUCCUUACCUGCAUCACCACAGAUGACGCCCUCAGAGGCAGCGCCACCCACCACCAUCAAACCAAAGUCAGUGUGGGUGGAGUGUGGAGGGGACCCUGGCUUCAUGGAAAACUGCUUUGAGCGCGACAAGAGUCCUUCCAUCCUCCAGAGGUCAUCUAUCAGAGGAAACCACGAGGAAGAGGCUGAUGAAGAUGAGGAGCAGAAGGGGCCAGCGGACACGGAGCUGCAGGAGCAGAGCGACAGCCCGGAGCAGGACUCAGACAAGCCUCGCUUUACUCUGCAGGAGCUACGGGACGUCCUGCAGGAGAGGAAUGAACUCAAGGCCCAAGUGUUCGUGCUGCAGGAAGACCUGGCGUAUUACAAAAGUGACGAGUCUGAGGAUGACACCAGCCCCUUUGUUUGUGCUUCACCUCCUCCACCAUGCUCCACUUCCACUGAAUCAGGAAUCCGGCGCUUGAUCUUCACCGCCAUAAUGCCAAUGGUGGCAGCUGGUUUGAUCACAGACGAUCCCACGAUACUUUGCCCUCCUCUGAGUGACGCCAUCGGCGGCGUCAUGGAGUUCGGCGAGGAGUCGUCUCCCGCUCUGGCUUUCGAGAAAGAUGCGUUCGAGCUCACGGUUGAGGAUGUUUACGACAUUUCCUACGUGAUCGGCCGGGAUCUGUUAAAGGUCAGCCGCACGGGAGACGAGGUGUCCGACCUGCAGUUCCGCAUCGUCCGCGUGCUGGAGAUGUUCGAGACCCUGGUGAACAAGUACAAUCUGUCCGUGGAGGAGCUGCGCAUGGAGCGGGACAACCUGAAGACGGAGCUGGACCGGCUCGUCCAGGAGAGAUCCUCCGGCCAGGGCACGCAAACCGCGGGGCCCAACCAGCUGGUUGUGGACCUGACGGACCCCAACAGGCCGCGGUUCACCAUGCAGGAGCUGAAGGAGGUUCUGCAGGAGAGGAACCAGCUGAAGGCGCAGCUCCUGGUGGCUCAGGAGGAGCUGCAGCUCUACAAGAGUGGGAUCCUUCCACAGGCCGAGCCAGCCAUGGUGGAAGUGGAUCUGGAGACACCGGCAGCCACAGAGCACAUUCCACCCACGAUAAACAAUGCAAAAGAGGAGAAGACGACCAUAAGCAAACUGUUUUCAUUCAGGCGGAAAUAAGACAAAGGCUUUUCACACGAGCGGACCAUCGGAGAAGACAAACUGGAUUUGUCGGCACAGUUCUUCUCAUCAGUUAACCACUUUUAUAUUGAAGAUUUUUUUACAAUGUGUAUUUUGUCAGUCUAACAAGCACUGUGUUUUAUAUUGGUAAUUAUAACCUGAGAUGGUUUAUGCAAUUAGAGUUGGCGUAGCAGAAAUAUAUAUAUAUUACGUGAAACGUUUGAUGAAGGAAAUGAAACUGGAAAAGUAUUAUCUGGGUGCUGUUGGAGAUCAUUUUCGAUGUUGAAUGAAUUAACUUAAAAAUUAAGUUAUCUGUAGGCUUGAAAUGAAUUUGUGUAAUCUAAAACACAUUCCAUGAACUCAGCUGUCAAACACAGACAGAGGACUCAAACCCCCAAAACAUUAAAAAUACGAAUUUUAA